AUGAGGCUCAUUUACGAGCUGUUUCUGAAUUAUUCUGUCUAAAAGUCGAACCUUAACACAAGAGCUUGAAAGUACAUGACCAAAUAUCGACGUUUGUGCAGUUUUAGAGGUGCACGAACGCAGUGUAAACAGGGGUAAGAAAGCACAUUAUGGAAACGUGACGGAGUAGAGGUUGUAUAACGGCUGUUAUGGACCAAUCACAGAGCUCCGUUUCUCCUGCGUAUUUAGUGGGUGGUGAUGUUGAUGCAGAAAGGACGACUAGCAUGGCUGACGGGUUUACCAUCCGCCACAAUUUCUAUACAUUGUUUGCGGUUUAGGUGAGUUUAACUCGAUGUUACCUAUAUAUAAACCGGCAAUAUACUUAAGGAUAAACACAAUCGUCCACGUUUCUGCGUUUCUUUGAGCUCGUAGCCUCCGGUUAGUGUGUGGGUUGACCCGGGCUCCGUCCCACCGCUUACGAAACUUAAACAGUUUUGGCACCGCUAGAAUCGGUUAAACACGGUCUGUGAACUUCUGUGAUGUGUUUCCACUUCUGCUACUGAUCAGGGGAUGUUUAUUGUAUUCGUCGUGUGUGUGGUGUAGUUACCUGCUGUCUACACAUGCGGCCACUGCUGGUGAGGAGACCCAACUCUGUGGAUACAUUCAUGGAGCAAGGUUAAACACAGACAAACCUUCAAGACGACCCCACGAUCACGGUGACCCACUUUAAAAGUAGUUUUUGGAUGUGUCUGGACACUGAAGUAUUGUGCAGUCAAUAGAGGGCGUCUUUAAGUUCUUAAAUUGGACCUACUGCUACCGCCUUUUUAUAGACAGGCAUAAAUAACCACUGCAGACAUGGUGGUCAACACCAUCCACUGGUUCAGAAAGGGCCUGCGGCUGCACGACAACUCCUCCCUGAGGGACUCCAUCCGUGGUGCGGACACCCUCCGCUGCAUCUACAUCCUGGACCCCUGGUUUGCAGGGUCCUCCAAUGUGGGCAUCAACAGAUGGAGGUUUUUGUUGCAGUGUUUAGAGGACUUGGAUGCCAGCUUGCGCAAGCUCAACUCCCGCUUAUUUGUCAUUCGAGGUCAACCAACAGAUGUCUUCCCUCGUCUUUUCAAGGAAUGGCAGAUCACACGGUUAUCAUACGAAUAUGAUUCUGAACCAUUUGGCAAAGAACGUGAUGCUGCAAUCCAAAAACUUGCCAGUGAGGCUGGGGUGGAGCUCAUGGUGAAGAUUUCACACACCCUCUACAAUUUGGACAAGAUCAUUGAACUCAAUGGUGGUCAGCCGCCUCUUACGUACAAACGCUUCCAGGCCCUCAUCAACCGCAUGGAUCCUGUGGAGCUGCCCGCAGAGACCAUCACAUGUGAGGUCAUUAAGAGGUGCGCUACACCCAUCAGCGACGACCAUGAUGACAAGUAUGGGGUGCCCUCACUAGAAGAACUCGGUUUCGAGACAGAGGGCUUGACGACAGCAGUGUGGCCAGGUGGAGAAACAGAAGCCCUCAUGAGGUUAGAGAGGCAUCUAGAGAGGAAGGCAUGGGUGGCAAACUUUGAGCGUCCCCGUAUGAAUGCUAACUCCCUGCUGGCCAGUCCCACAGGCCUCAGCCCCUACCUGCGCUUCGGGUGUCUCUCCUGUCGGCUCUUUUACUUCAAACUCACUGAUCUCUACAGGAAGGUGAAAAAGAACAGAACUCCACCACUUUCUUUGUACGGCCAGCUGUUGUGGAGGGAGUUCUUCUAUACAACUGCCACCAACAACCCCUGCUUUGACAAGAUGGAUGGUAACCCCGUGUGCGUACAGAUCCCAUGGGACCGGAACCCAGAGGCACUGGCCAAGUGGGCUGAGGGACGGACAGGCUUCCCCUGGAUCGAUGCCAUCAUGACUCAGCUCAGGCAAGAGGGCUGGAUCCAUCAUUUAGCCCGGCACGCUGUGGCCUGCUUCCUCACCAGGGGAGACCUCUGGAUCAGUUGGGAGGAAGGCAUGAAGGUGUUCGAAGAGUUGCUCUUAGAUGCAGACUGGAGUGUAAAUGCUGGCAGCUGGAUGUGGCUCUCCUGUAGCUCCUUUUUCCAGCAGUUCUUUCACUGCUAUUGCCCCGUUGGAUUUGGACGGCGCACUGACCCCAACGGCGACUACAUACGGCGUUACUUGCCUGUUCUGAGAGGUUUCCCAGCCAAAUACAUCUAUGAUCCUUGUAAUGCCCCAGAGGAAGUGCAAAAGGCAGCCAAGUGUAUUAUAGGAGUCCACUAUCCAAAACCCAUGGUGAACCAUGCUGAGGCCAGCCGCAUUAACAUCGAGAGGAUGAAGCAGAUUUAUCAGCAGCUGUCCUGUUACAGAGGACUGGGCCUGCUGGCAACUGUUCCUGCCAAUCCCAACAACGGCAGUAAUGACAGUGCAGGAAGUAGUCAAGGUCCGGGAGCUUCUGCUGAAGACACAUCUACACAGGAGGCACCGUCUAGAAUAGACAGAGGACAGUCAACACAAAAGCGGCGUCGUGAGGAGGCCCUACCUGAAAGCAGCUCCAAAUCAUGGAAGCAGAGCAAAUAGUGUCCCAAGAAUAAUAAUAUCUGAACUGGUCUGUAUCAUAUGGACGGCAUUUUUACUGCAGAGCUCUCAGCUACUAGACAGCAAUAACUGUAUUUUGCAACCAUAGGGGGGACACAAUCAAUGUCAUAAUGGUCAUACUGUGUGGUCAUAAUGACUGGGGCACCCUGCCUACCUCUUGUUUUUAUAAAUUUCAGCGCCCAUGUCGAUACAUUAGAGCAGCCACACCACCUGUGCGUCUUGAAGUGUUACUCAAGCCUCACUGUGGCACAGAAUCAUCUAGAGCUUUGAGAUAUUUUCCAUGCAUGAGACAUUAUUUUCAUCAUACCGGCAACACUUUACAACAUACCAUUCACAAUAAGUUCAGUGUGUAAAGCAGCAUAUGAAUACCUCAGAGAUGUGAAAAAUGUCUAAAUUUAGCCUUCCUCUUUCUCAUCUAAAUUUAAUUAUUAUGAAAUGAAUCAUUCUAUUAUUGAUGACUGUCAUCAAUACGAAACUUAGAAUGCUGGCAGUAGCAGCUUUGCAGCAGCAACACAGGUACUGUAGACACACAGCAGUGCAGCAACAUCACAACUGAGGGUGGCAGAGUGGCCCAGGAGUCAUAGAGCUGUAGUCAAAAUCAGUAAAGUCUAGUCUGAGACAUGUCCAUGUCCAACAGUUUGGAAAGCAUUUGAGUCAAGACCAAGAAAUAAUGUUGCAGAAAACAACCAUACUAUGAACACAAUUAUUUUGGACAAUUAAAAUAAGAUGAGUUGAUAUGGCACAAAAAAACUUAAAUGAGCGCUAUAUGCUAUAUACGCUUUUCACAUAUGGAAAAAGCACAGUCAAGGGCCCUUAUUGUGACUUAUUUAGAUAUAAUGUGAAUGCAUGUUUUUCCCCCAUUGUGAAGGACUAAAAUUUGAGAAUCCUUAAUAGAUUUUGUAAUAGAAAUACAAAAGCUUCAGUGUAAUGCAAAGAGUGGUCAGUGGCACUUUUUUAAAAAAAGCUGAAAUGUAUAAAAUUGAAGUAUAAUU